GAUAUAGGACUGUACAUGUCUGGUAUAGGAAGCUGGAUGCUUGACUGACCUGCAGGAUGUGGUCAGGGCUGUGAUUAUUUUAUCUACCUGAAUCACAUAGUGUAGGGACAUGGGCAUAUAUGUUAUACGUCUGAUGGUACGAUUGAUCUGCAGAAAAGAAAUUUGUGUAUUUAUUCCAAAGAGCCCAUUUUAACGAAGUUGUGAUGUUCCACGAGGGACGACAUCGUCUAGGAAUUCUGGGUGUGACCUCAAUGCAUUGACCUCAGCACAUUGACCUUGAACUCUUGACCUCUGCACUUUAACAUAGAUAAACUGACCUCGUUGCUUUGCCCUUGAUCACCUGAUCAACUUGAGAUUUGUCAGUUAGGUUGACAUUACUGCAACUUCCCAUACACUAUACAGUCAUUCAUUUUCAUACGUCACACAUUCAUGUAAGAACUUUUCAUCACCAAGUAAAGGUACAUAUACUUCAUUUUUGGCAAGAGGAAAAAGUGCUUUUAGAUAGCUCUCUUAUCACAAUAAUGUAGAUCUGCUACAGUUCUGAAAUAUUCUCAGACCGUUUUAUUUUAUUAUUAUUUUUUAGUAGUAUUUUAAAUAUUCUACAUAUAUUGUUAUUGCUUUGUAUCUUUUUAUACUUCUUUCAACAUAUAUAAUAAACCAUCCCACCUAUAUAUAUUUUUUGGAAAUUUCAAAUUUUUUUGAAAUUGUUUAAAGGAAAACCUUGUACUGAGCAUCGUGUUAAUUCCUUCUAGGAAAGAGACGUAAGGCAUUAAAAACAUCAAAUCACAAAAUAUUCAUAAGUGUUCAUCAUUAUCAGUUCAACAACAAUUUGAAUCAAGGUCAACGAGGUCACAUCAAUCCAGUCACCUUUUCACCCACUUCCCAACACAAUUUCGACAGUUAUUUCGACAGACAAGAUGGGCCGUAAACUGAAUCUUCAACACCUUUCGGAGGAAGAAUGUGAACAGAUUCUUCAGGUCAUUCAGAAGGAUUUCGAGUUAAGGCAGAAGGAAAAAGAACGCCUUACCAAAGUUGAAGACAGUUUGGAGAGUGAAGUGCAGAAGACUUGCAUCUUAACGCGGCAGGAGAGCUUCAAUGAGCAGUGCUGCAUCCGCUGCUGUCGUACAUUCGGUUACAUCUUCAACCGCAAGCAAUCCUGCGUCUUGUGUCUCCUGAACAUCUGCAAGAACUGCAGCGAGUACAAGGACGCUUUCAAAGGCUACAUUUGCCACAUGUGUUUGCAGUCUGUUGACUAUGAGAAGCAGUCCUGUGAGUGGUUUUACCGCAGUGUACGUCAGAGGUUUAAACGCUUCGGGAGUGCAAAGGUUGUGCGCUCUUUAUACAAACGUAAGAGCGAAAAACUGAAAGGGCAAAAACAGCUAACUGAGGGAGAAAAUGACAGUGGCAUUGAUCCCAUUUUAUCUCAGGCCCUCGAGUCUUCAGAGCUCAACCUCAGUGGUGUCAGUGAGAAGUCCACCUCGCCCAGUUUGCCACUCCCGAAAGCUUUCUCCUCCCCACAGCCUCUGCUCAAGGAAGAGAAUUCUGUCAUCGUUAAAGAUACAUAUAAAACACAGCUCCAGAGGGCUCAGAAACGUGAGGAUGAGGAAACAGAAAAGUUCCGUAAAAAGUUUGAGAACGCCCUUACAGAAUUGUACAGAUCCUUGGACAACCAGACGCCAUCACAGAUCGAUUACCAUGGCAACAAAUAUGGAGACUUUGUGACCAAUUACAGAAAUCGUUUCCGUGAUCUUCUGAGUAAUUUAUCGGAUAGUCUACAAAAAAUCCACAAUCAUGCAGAUGGGAAUACAGGCCAAUCAAAGUCUUCUAGUCGAAUUCGACAAACCUUAUCAAAAGUUGUGGAAAAUGCUGUCGGUGACACAGUGGAUUGGCAGGGCUCCGAUGAAGCAGUGUCGGAUCUGUCAACGUCGACAGAGGAUGGGAAUGACAUCGACACGUCGUAUCAAGACCAGCUGGCCCAGGUCCUCAUUACAAAGGUGGUCGACCGUCAUCGCAAGGUUGCUGAGGAGAAAGAGAAACUGCGUCAAAAGGAACGUGAAAAAGAGAAGAAGAGAGAGGAGCUAGAAAAGGCAAAGCAGCGACGGAAAGAGAUAAAGGCGCAGGAAGAAGCCCUGCAAUUAGAGCAAGAGAAAGAGGCGGAGCGCGCUAAACAGGAGGCGGACAAGAACCGUUUCAACUACGACGCCGAAUUCGAGAAACUCAUCAAAUUCUCACAGGGCUCGUCAUCGCGACCGAAGCUUCAAGCUCGGCAACUUCAGGAAGAAAAAUUAGCACCAGUGGAGGAAGUUCCAGUUGUGAAGGUGACAAAGCCGAAAGAGGAAACGGAAUUGGGUUUGCUCGAUCGUGUUAUGGGUUUGGAAAAGCUUCACGACCCACACCCGAAACUGCCCGACUUUUCUGUGGGUUCGCUGGGAUUUAAUGAAGUGGAUCCUGACCUGAUGUCGCUAAGUCACAGCGAACGCGAAGACAAUGGGUACGAUGACCAAGACUAUUUAUCAGAAUCAACAAAUUCCUUGAACAGGAAGUUGAAUCGUUCCUGGCAGGACAAUUGGAUUUUGGGACAUGAGCGAGGCUCUGGGUUACAUAAACGCGCGACUGUCCAACGCGUGAAAAGCGACUUGUCAGACUCGAUGUACGUACAUGUGCCAGAAAAUGACGUCUCACCCAGAGUUGGAGAAACGGAUGCUGAGGAUUUGUCCGACUUGUCCGAAAACGAGGAUAAGGACUCUCCCAGUGAUGAUGAUGACAAUGCAUUUUAUGCUCAAACUUCAAACGAAAUUGAGCGCGUUUCUAAUCGCAUAAACAGGACUGCCAGCAUUACAGACUCUUUUGUGCAAACAGACGAUUCCGAUUUGGAUGCUUCCAAGUCUUCGCUGCAUUUACACGGGAUGAAAUCAAAACACUCAGUAGACCCUGCCUUGAAACUAAGGCUGUCAGAGUCCUUGGAUACCAGCAUCCAAUCAGACGAUUCGUCUGUGUUGUCGUCCAUACAGGAGAGGAAAGACGAACUCAAAUCUAGUCAGAAAUUUCAGGAAAUGUUGAUUCCGUCAGAGAACAAUGAUCCCAAGUUUGAUCUUCCUCCGGAGAGCACGACGGCUUUUGAAGGGGAGGCAAUCAAGUUGGUGUGUCGCGUUUCUGGGACUGAGCCUAUUGAUGUGUUUUGGUAUCGUGCUGACGAUGAUGAAUUAAGAGAGAUCGAGGACUGUGAGAAGUACGAUGUCACGAAUGAGGGAAAUCGUCACACUGUCACCAUCUUCAACCCGUCCCACAGUGAUGCAGGGCAGUACAGCUGUGUGGCCCUCAGCGAGAGUGGAAGAUGCUGCCAGUACUUUGCCAUUCGUAUUAAAGAAAACACUCAGGAAUUAAAAGCGCCAGAAUUCAUGAGGGGGUUAGAGGAUAUUGAGGUCGUGGAAGGUCGAAGUGUAAAGUUCAGGUGUAAGAUCAAAGGUUACCCUCAGCCAAGAGUCACGUGGUACAAAGAUGGUCAGAGGAUUGCCAAGUCGCACAAAGACUACAAAGUUGAUAAGUUUGGAAAUCGAGAUUACAUCCUGGGUAUAGAGUACGCCACAUUAGACCAUGAUGCGGAGUACACGGUCAAGGCAACAAACCUGGCCGGAGAAUGCAAACAGUCUGCCCAACUGCUAGUGCUGGAAGAGAAAGAGGACCUGGAUGAGACAGAGGACAAAGUUCAGAGGUCAGCUUUGACUAUUUCUACCUCCAGUCAGAAGAGCAAGCUUCCGGCACAGAAAAACCGAACGAAGGAAAAUCAAGAGAUCGCAAAUCUCAGCCAGAAGAUGGAGAUGACGAGGAAUGACGUGUCAAAUGCUGCGGAGGAUAUGUUGUCAACUGCAGGAGAGCUCUCUAUGAUCCAUGCCGAGCUUGAUGCCAUGAACAGAGCCCUGGCAGACAUGGAGGAGGGACUUACUAACAACAACAACAACAUUGUUGGUUCUAACUCCACUAACCAUCAUUCUCUGCUUGGCAACACAUUCAGUCAUCAAGUCAUUGACGACUAUAAUGUAAUGAAAACAUCUGCAGGCAAUGUCCGGUCCAUGACAGCCACAGCGUUUAAUGUUAUCCAAUCAGCCGAAGAUGUGAUUCAGCAAGAGAGAGCCAAUCAGAACUUUGUGGAACGGAAAUCAUUACGGGAUGCUUACGUCAAACCAAGUUACGUUGACAGUCUCACAGUGGAUGUUAAAAUGAGAGGUGUUGAGCGUGAAGAAAGCAAGACAUCUGUUGACUCAGGUGUUUUCAGCAUCAUUGGCGACGAGCGAAAUGGAUUUCAGCGAACGUCAUCCGGUCGAUUUGAUUCUAAGAGGAUGAGUGAUUCGGGCAUUGUGGUGGCAGAUUCGGAAAUUUUAUCAGAAGGACCGCCCAGAAAACAAUUGGCGAAUGAAAAUUCUCGAAUGACGGAGGCCACCUCAAGACUUUCAACACACAAUCUGUUGUCUAGUACGCAGUCUCCGCCAGCCUUAAGGGAGGCAACUCCUGAAAAGGUGCAGGUGGUGAAAGGAGAGAAGAUUGUGAUUGGUCUGAAACCUGUGAGUGAUAAAUAUGGUCGUGAUUAUGUUGUAAAUCAGGAGGAAUCAGAGCAUUCGCGGAAAAGGUGGGAGGUGAAUUUGAACAGUUAUUCACCGAGGGCGGACAUCGUGAACAGGAAUCCCAUGGACACGGCAAACAACACGGAGGACAAGAUCUACAUGACGGCCGGCAAGGUUUACUCCCUGGAGGAGAAGAUCGGAAGUCUGGAGAAAAAGCUGAAAACUGCGGAGAAUAAGGUGGCUUCUGAUCGCCUGUCUGACUUGGAAGAUGAAGUUGCCAGAACUGUUGCACAGGUGGAACAGAGUGAACACGAGGUUCACCGUGUGGAAACUGUGGUCGCUCAGUUGAGGAAUAACGCACCAGCUGGACAGCAGAUCCCGAAACCAAGGUCUAGAGGGAUGAAGCAAUACGGAGAUAGCUCCAUCAGCAUAUCCGCUCAAAAGCCGGAGUCAUCGGGUGUGAGUGAGAAACGAAGUCUUGUAAGCGAGACAAAAGAGAGAGACGUGCCUCCGUGCCAGUCAGAAUACGAUGCACGUCAGUAUCAGCUGCCAUCUGUGAAUCGACUGAAGAACAUGUUCAGUAGUUCUGAUCGAGAUGAUGGCGGCGGAGAAUCUGCCUUCAGACGGGAUCCAAACCUCAAAGCCGUACAUAGCAUCACUGCCAGAAGUUUCAACAAACAACGACUGGCGGAAUUCCGUCAGAGAAAUCGGAGCUCAGAGUCCAGUGACGUUGAACCUCAGUUGGAGACGAUAAUGCACACAGCACCAUCUCAAGACACAAAUAGCAAAGGGAGAGAACUGGGUGCCAGGAGCAAGAAAUACCCAGCGCCUCAACCCCCUGUUGUGCAAACUUCUGCAGGCAAUCAGCAGACUGCCUCAAGUUUUGAAAGACGAGAGUCAUUCGACUCCAGCAGUGGAGCAAUUCCGAAAUCCCCCAUAAGUCCGAAGAUAAAAACGGGGUCCAUUAUGGCUCGUGCUGCAUUCUGGGACAAAAGAAUCCAAGAUGAAAUUGCCUCAGAUGAUUUGGUGACCGAUUCUUUCCCGUCAAUGCUGAGAGACCAAAGCCAAGUUGAUUUUUGAGCACGUUGGCAAAGAAUAAAUCCAAGACGUCACUGAAGGAUCAUGUGAUUACAGAAUAUCACAGGAAUUGAACUAUUCAUUGGGAAUGUUAAAUUUGAGCAAUGGAAAAUUAAAAUACAUUCAAUUCACUUGAGAGAAUAAUACAUGUUACAUUGGUCAAUGUUAUUUCAAGUGAUAUAAACUGUGGCACGAUUAAAAGUGCACAAAACUUUUUUGGCGAUGAUCCAAAUGACCUUAAGGAUUGCUAAUUAAGCUGUUCCUUUUUCACUUCAUGUGUUUGAAGGGAGAGAGAAAUUGCUUCAAAAUGGCAGUUAAGGAUUCCCGAGUGACAAUGAAAUGAUGGUCAUGUGACCCAUCCCCAGAUGGUUUAAUUACUGGUGUUAAUUGCCUAUCUUGUCUAUGUUUGUAGGUAUGUCUAACAUUAGAUAAGAGGAGGAAACAACUGUCAGAUUUUUUUGGGCAUUUUUUCGAACUCUGAUAAUGAUUUAAUAUUUUUUAGAUACUAGUAUAGCUCGAUUUUUCCAAUAUUGUGUAAAUGUCAAUUAUUUCUCCAAGCAUUAUGUGAUGGUAAUACAUGAUGAAUAAGCCUGAUACUUGGCAGCUGUGACUUGCAAAUUGCUUCAGAUUGCUUCAGAUUGCUUCAGAUUGCAUAUUUACAUCAUGAGGCAAAACCUUCAUGCCAUGUCUGGGUAGACUACUGCUGGCAUUAAUGGGGACCUGUCAAACACCCGGCAUCAGAACCUUGACGUCUUUUUAUAGGGGAGUUCAAACUUUUCUAUCGCUGAAGGUAAAAAAAAAAAUCUCCUACUGUGUCAUGUGACUUGUCAAAAAAAAAAUGCUAGGUAACUAUUGCAGGAUGAUAUUUACUAUAACAUGGGUGUCUGAAAAAAGUCUCGCAAAUUUUAAGUAAAGUGGACCUACGAUGGAGAAUUUUGAGGUGCUGAACGUUUGUGAACUUCAGAAGUUUCUACAAGAAAGGGGUGUCAUUUGUGACUCUGAAACACGGCGAGACAAGUGAUCGGUAAAUUAAUGUCUUCAUUGGUUGCCUAACAUUUUUCACAGGUCACAUGAUACUGAAAGACCCUUUUUACCUUCAGUGACAAAAGAGUUCAAAUUUGAAACUCCCCUAUUGAUGUGAAAUGAUACCUUUCCCAGCUCAUCAUGAUGACGUCACAUCAAAGACAGGACAAAGGUACAGUAGAAACUUAUACACUGUAAUGGUGUAGACGUUACGCUGUAAUCCAUUCUUGACGUAACAAUGGCUCGAGGUCAUUCUUCACACUCGUGCCACCUUACAGGAUUAACAAAUAUACUGCUUCCCCAAUUGCACCAGAAAUUUGCUUUUGAUGUUGCAGAAUUAAUGAAAAUGUCAUGAACCAGCAUGUUUAUGGAAAUCAUAUGUUAUUAAUGCUUCUGAAAAUCUCAUGCUAGUGGAUUUUUUCCCCCCACACAAUGCACUGGGCAUACUAUAUGAAUAUGUAAAUUAGCCUCACACUCAUGUCUAAAAUGAGGCCCUGUAACAAGCAUAAUUAUUUUUCAUUUUUAUUAUUCAUGUGUAACUAAAACGGUUGACUUUCUGGGGGAAAUCCACCAUAUCCACCAUUUUUUCACAUAAAUACAUAAAUUUUUUUUUUCAAAAUUAAUACAUGUAUUCUUGUGUUAAUUACUGGCAGUUAAAAGUGCAGCUGAAUUAAAUUUUUGUCUUCGUUAUAAUACUCAAAUAACAAUUUAAAAUGUUGCUAUUAAACAACCAAUAACAACAUGAUCUACUUCAGUUUUUUUCCUUAUUUUUAAUUAUUUUCUUUGUUGUUUUCUUUUCCUGUGAAUAACUUUUAUACAAAAGUGCACUGUAACUUCAUUUUCUAAAACAAGUAAAUUCACCGUUUCUGAUUAACUCAAGAUAAUGCGAGUAACAAACAGAAAGAAUAAUGAUUUUGCAAUCAAAAUGUCUUGUAUCAAUGGUUUCAGGAGCAAGAGUUAGAUUUACAUUCCACUUGCAAGUGUUACAAAAUCAUAAAUUUCAUAAAACUUGGAUAUCUGGUUCUAGAUAUUGUUUCGAUGUAAUAUUUAUAUUUAUGUAGUAGUUUUUGUUAACUGGACUGUUUCCUGCAGAGAAUCUAUAGACCAGCUGUGCCAUUUUUGAUGCCGUGUUGUAAAUAUCUCAGGCAGCAGAUCUAAAACUCUACAUAUAUAUAUUUUUUUUUUCUGAUUUGUGGGCGUCAAAUUCAUGCAAGGUGAAAUCACAACCUGUUUCUUUUUUUUUAUCUCGCACUUAGUUGUUAAAUAAUAUUUGUUCUGAAUGUACUUUCAUUAGAACUGAAGACUGUAAAGUUAACGGAAGUUGCAAAUUUACUGAUUUUCAUACUUAUGUUAUAUUUCAUACUUAAGCAUUUAUGUAUAUAUAUUUUUUUGGCUGUUCCUUUCAAUUGUAGACCUCAAAAGGUAAUAAAACUUUGAUACA